GGCGUGGGAGGGCGUGAGGAACGGCACCGUGGCCCCGCCCUUGUGCCCGCAGCCGGACGCGCCCUCGGACUGGAUGCAGGAGGACUGCCUCUACCUCUCCGUGUUCACGCCGCAGCCCAACCGGACUGACCUCCCCGUGAUGGUGUGGCUUCCCAAGGAGGCUUCAUCAGCGACGCGACGCCCCUGUUCCAGCCGGAGUUCCUCCUGGCGAAGGACGUGGUCCUCGUCGUCCUGCAGCACCGCCUCGGCGUCCUGGGAUUCCUGUCGACCGAGGACGCCGAGCUCCCUGGCAACCUGGGGCUGAAGGACCAGGCGAUGGCCCUUCGCUGGGUGCAGGACAACAUCCGCGACCUCGGCGGA